AUGGGAUGGCGCCGCAGAAUUAUCCCCCCCGUGGGUAGCAUCGAUUUCGAGGGCCGCCUGAUCCUGGGGGCUAAGCCUCUACUCUUCAAUGACCCCGCCCUCACCUCUGCGCUCAGCUGGCCGCUCCGCGCUCCUGAGCACGCGCAGUCUUCGACUUCCCCCUCCCCGCUGGACUACGUCUCCCAGGAUGCUCCGCGCACCAGCUCAAGCGCCUCCUUGCCCUUCCCCCACCCUCGCCUCCGUUUCUACACCCUCUCCUCCCGUCCCCUGUGGGUAGCGGUGGUCGCAAUGAUCAGGUCACACUCCUGGCCGCUUCUCCCCAUGCUCCCCUCCUCGAAUCCGUACGUUGACGUGUGCAAGCUUCUCGGGGACAACAGACGGCAGUACCGCCUUCCAGAUCGCGCAUGCCCCCCACCACGUUUUCCUCAAUUCUCUACGGUCCUUCCUGAGAUUAGCAGGGUUCUGCACCAAUCGCGGCCCUCAUUAGAACUCCGUCGCCCCACGUCUCCAUGGCAACGCUCUGCAGGAAUGGGCCUCCUCCUCCCCUUCUGCUACUUCCUAGACCGCAAAAUGGAGAAAGGCUUGGCCCCGUGCUUUCCAGAUGUAGUCGGCAGGGUCCUUCGUGUGCCGCCUCAGGCAGUCGCUGAUCAUGAUGUUUUGGUGGCCCACAUGGGGACUCUCCCUACGGGGGACUCUUUCCCCUCUCCGUUCCUACUGAAGACCCUCGGUGGACAGUCUGAAAGUGUGUGGAGACAACUGAAGGUCUCUGGCCAGGACGACACUCUGGUGAAACGGAAAGGUGUCCAUUCAGAGGUAUCUAACCACCACUGCUUGCUCUGGCAGAGGCAGCAUGGCAAGAGAGGGCAAGAGGCUGCCAUUGUGGGCACAGUGGUAGCUGCUAGGGCUGAGCAGAACGAAGAGAGCUCAUGGAGGUGCAUGGUUCAGGGGGGAGGGAUGAAGACAGUCCCCUACCCGCAAGUGUCAGGAAAGACACCCUUUGGUGAGAUUGGCCUCCAUCAGCAUGCCAGGCGAGACCAGAACUCCAUUGCCCUGCACAUGAAGUUGGAGGUGCUGCAGAGGUUUGAAGAGAGUGAGAAACUGACACAGAUUGACAGGGCCCGAGGGCUGGUCCGCUCCACUGUUGCCUCAAUCCGUGUCAACAAGGACAAGGUCCAGGCUAAUUCCCGCAGCCCCUCCAGUGAGUGCUGUGCAGCUGACCUGCUGCUGGGUGUGGUGACGGGCCACAUGGAACGCCUGUUGAGCCUGUGGAUUGGGGAGCAGAAGCAACAGAACUUGCCUGUCAGCACACUGCUCAUCCAGGACAAGGCGUGCUGGCUGUUUGUACAGCUACAGCAAGAGCAGAGCGAUGGUGCCCAGGCUGAGAGCUUUGGGGCCAGUAAGGGCUGCUGAUGGAUGAGCCAGCCAUAGCUGACACCCAGGCUGCUGCCCAGUACCCCUUGGUGCUGUGUGUCAUCCUGGAGGAGGCCUGCUACUCACCACACCAAGUCUUCAAUGUGGGUGAGACGGGACUGUUCAGGAAACGGAUGCCCAAGCGCUGGCUGCUGGCAUUGGAAGGGGUGACUGUGCCUGGGCCCAAGGCCUCGAAGGCCCAUCUGACCCUACUGCUGGGUGGCAGAGAGGCCAGCAACUUCAAGCUAAAGGCCCGGCUAGUGUACCCCUCAGAGAAUCCGCGUGCCCUCGAGGGCUGCCCCAAGGCCAGCCUCCCUGUGCUCUGGUGCUCCAGUCGCAAUGACUGGCUGACUCCCAGCGUCUUCCAGGAUGCUCUGCCCUGCCAUGGACACCUACUGUACUCACUGUGGCCUCCACAUCAUGCCCUGCUGCUUCUGGAUGGUGCACCCUACCAUCCUGCCCAUCAGGGUGGCCGUUGAGUUCUUGCCCAAGAACACCUCAGCCCUAAUUCAGCCCAUGAACGAGGGCAUCGGCCCACUGCCUGCACCACACACCCAGCCCGCUGGUCCAGGAGGCUGCUGAUGAGGACUGGCCGUCUGUGUGGGAGUUCUGGUGCAGCUCUGCUGUCAUGCCUGCCGGGGACAGUAUCGCCGAGGCCUGGGCAGACGGAAGCCUGCGACCAGGAGCAACUCCUGGAGGAAACUGGUCUGAGUGUGUGCCGGCCGGUGCCCCCGGGCCUGAUGUGGUGCCCAAGCUCCGCCACAGCACUGUGGCACUAGCUAGCUGUGUGGCUCUUGGGGAUGUGGCUGAGGCUGAUGUUGCCUGCCUGCUGCAGGCCUGUGGGGAACCCCCACUCCACAGUGUUCCCCAGGAUGCAGCGGAUGGGGACAUGAGCACCUCUGGGCUGUCUUGGGAGGCAGGGAAAGGCCUGGCCUCCAAAAGGUCAGAGAAGCCAUGAAGAGUACAGAGGCCAGGGGGCCGGCGAGGGGGUUCGGAGGCAUGAGCAGCUGGUCCAGGUUCUGUCUCACUUUGCUGCUGGCCUUUGAUUCCUUGUGGAGAAUGACCCCAUCUGGGAGCAUGGCCUGUGGGAUUCCCGGGGUAUCCUCAGUGCUCGUGCCCGCCUCCAGGAGCUACACUGAGACAGGAGGCUCAGGCAGCUGCAUCCUCAGGAGGCCCUGUGUCAGCGGCAACAAGGGAGUUGGUGGGAAGCUUGCAUUUGUUCCAGGAGAGGCCUACAGAGCUUGGGUGAGUGGCCCAGGGCACAGGCCUGGAGGGACAGACUUCUGCAGCUGUCCUGCAUGACUCUGGGCUUGGGCCUUAUCUCAGAUGAACUCUGCUUAGUGAUCUUUUAUUUCUGGAGGGCAGAAACUACCUCUUCUCGCCCAUGGUUCUCACAUCUCACGUUCUGUGGCCUUUCCGCAGUGACAAACACAUAGCACCUGGCUGGGGAACAAGAAGGUACGGUUCCCUGUCUGUGGGUCAGUCGCAGGGCUCAGGAACACCCACCCAUGGUUGAGAUGCACCCCGAAGCCACGGUAAUUGCCCACCAGGGCGGCCUUCACCUGCGCCCACGCCGGCCGCUUCUGCAGAACAGAUGCACCUGGAACGUGGGGUGGGGUCGGGUCGCGCCCGAGGGGCGGGGGUGGAGAGGGCGGCGCAGAAACGAGCUUGCAGGGCGGCCAGAAGCUCCGGUUUUCGGGUGGUUCGUCUUCGUCUCCUCACGGCUGGGCCAGUUCAGUC